AUGAAGACGACGACUCUCGUUGCCACGUUGGCCCUAGUGGAAGGAGGGUAUUCUGCGGCCCAAUGGAGCUCUGCUUCGAAUUCUACGGGCGGGAAUGAGCAGUUUACCCUUGAGCAGAUGCGCAAUGAAAAGUUCAAAGGCGUUAACCCGACAGACGCUUUGCUACGCGUUUAUGCGCGAUACGCAAAGGCUGUACCAAAUCACAUCAAGGCAGUCAUUGAUCUGCAGCCUGUGCUCAAAGCUAAAUUCCAGGCAUUAUCUUCCGAGAAUCCUUCCGCCGUGUUUGCCGAGGCCAUACCUGCGCCAGACGUCGACUCCGAAUACGUGCUUCCAGUGAGCUUGGGCACACCGCCUCAAGUUCUUCCACUGAACUUGGACACUGGUUCUUCAGACCUAUGGGUAUUCUCCUCGGAAACUCCUCAAGAUGAGCUUCAGGGCCAGACGAUUUACCAUCCAGAAAAGUCGAACACUAGCAAGUUUCUUCGCGGCGAGAGCUGGAGAAUCAAGUAUGGCGAUGGCUCAGGUGCCCAAGGCUCAGUUUACACCGAUCGCGCUGCCAUUGGCCCCGUGGGCUCCAACAAGCAAGCCGUCCAGGUUGCCCAGGUUAUUUCCGAGGACAUUGCCAGUGACACCUUCUUCUCUGGAAUUAUGGGCAUGGGCAGCAGCUCCGCAAACACAGUCAGACCUAACAAACAGUUGACCUUUUUGGACAACAUUAAGGACUCCCUCGCCGAGCCGCUUUUCACAGCCAACUUGCAAAAGGGUAUGCCGGGCAACUACAAUUUUGGCUACAUCAACAAGUCCGAGUAUAUCGGUGAUAUUGCCUUUACGCCCAUCAACAUCCUUACGCCUUAUUGGGAAGUUCAGCUCACUGGCUACCAGCUUGGCGGGGACUCUUACAAUAAUGAAACCAUUGUCGGCAUCGUGGACACGGGCACGUCCCUCGUGAUGUUUCCUCAGCACAUUGUCGAUGAAUAUUACAGCAAGCUGCCUGGCUCAUACUUUGAGAGAAGGACGGGAACUAUGAUGUUUCCCUGCAAGCUGACCCCGCCCGACUUUGUGUUUGGCGUCGGCGACAAAUACCGCGGCCGCAUCCCUGGCCACUACAUCAACUAUGCGCGCUUCGACGACACAUAUUGCUACGGUGGCUUGCAGACAUCUGCCGGCCUCCCCUUCUCGGUGAUUGGUGAUAUUCUCAUCAAGGCACAGUUUGUUGUUUUUGACCGCGCCAAUCUAGCUGUCGGUUUCGCCAACAAGAAGACAGUCCCUGCUUCCGAAAGCUAG